UAUGCACUGCUAAAAACUACAUCCUAACUUCUGCACAUUUCCCCCAAGUAAUGAUAAAUGCUAAUUCUAUUACUAUUAUCUUUUCCCCCUAUCAUGUUGGCCUUCGUGAUUACCGUGUUGGUGACGGUCCUAACCGCAUUCGAGCUCUAGGGGUCGUUAAAGAGCUGGAAAAACUCGGUGUGAUGGUACAUAUACUCAAGCUUCUAUUAGUUAAGGAUUUUGAACGGGAGAUAGGCCGUAGCUUUAAGCUACUCCGGCGGACGUCUAAGGCAGUAACAGAUGUGUAUGCUAAGCAAUCCUUUCCUCUUGUUCUAUUAGGAAAUUGUAUAGUAAGCGCUAGAGUUGCUUAUAGGCUAGGCCUCAAAGAUCUUAGCUAGAUCUACUUUAACGCAUACAACGAUAUAGAUACAUUAUUAACGAACACGAACGGAUACCUGGAUUCUAUGGGCCUAUCAAUGCUGUGGGGGGGGGGGGGGGAAGCUUCCAUCGUUUAGUAAACACGAUUCCUGGAUACGCUCCGUAUAAGUAUAAUACAUAAGAUAAUCU